CCAGCUUCUACAACAUUAUAGAAGGAAGUUAUAUAACGGAAGUGAAUUUUAUUUUCUUUAAUUAAAUAAUGUUUGAAUUCCGAUAAAAUAAGUAGCAAUCAGGCCAACUGCAAAUCUAUCAGCACAUUGCAGAGAAGCCCGAAUCCUUGAUUGUCCAAGCUCCAGACGUUUCAUUUUCAGGUUAGCAUUUGGGUUAUUUUGUUGGAUCUCUCAGAAUGAGUUGGUACUCAUGGUGGACAGGCUCUCUUGGGUCUAGAGCAGGGAGAAUCCAGCAAAACUUUGAAGUCUCAGAAAUAAAAUCCGACAAGCAAAGAGUAGCCCUGAUCAUAGGAGUCACAGGAAUUGUGGGCAACAGCUUGGCUGAAAUCUUGCCUUCGUCUGAUACUCCUGGUGGACCCUGGAAAGUUUAUGGUGUUGCUAGGAGGCCUAAGCCUGAUUGGUCUCCAGAUAAUCCAGUUGAAUACAUCCAAUGUGAUGUGCUAAACAGAGGAGAAACUUUAGAAAGGAUUUCUACUUUGAAGGAUGUAACUCAUCUUUUUUGGGUUUGUUGGGUUAAUAGAGAAACAGAGGAACAGAACUGUGAAGACAAUGGAAGAAUGCUCAAUAAUGUCUUAGACGCUCUACUACCCAACGCCGAAAAUCUUGAGCACAUCUGUCUUCAGACUGGUGGGAAACACUACCUAGGCCCAUUUGAUAAUGUGACCAAAAAUCGAAAUAUUCAGCCCCAUGAGCCACCCUUUCAUGAAGAGCUUCCUAGGCUACCUGGGCCUAAUUUCUACUAUACGCUUGAAGAUAUACUGUUUGAUGCUGCCAAGAAGAAAAAGGGACUAACUUGGUCUAUUCACCGCCCUACAGUCAUAUUUGGCUUCUCUCCUUGGAGCUUAAUGAACAUCAUUGGUACUCUGUGUGUCUAUGCUUCCAUUUGCAAAUAUGAGGGGCUUUCUUUCAAAUACCCGGGCAAUAGAAUCACUUGGGAACAAUUUACGGAUGUAGCUGAUGCUGAACUGAUUGCAGAGCAAGAAAUAUGGGCUGCUACGGAACCUAACGCCAAGAACCAGGCCUUCAAUUGUUCUAAUGGAGAUGUGUUAAAAUGGAAAAAACUGUGGAAACAAAUUGCAGAGAAAUUUGAGCUGGAAAUGUUACCAUAUGAAGGCGAAGGAUUUAGUUUGGCUGAAGCAAUGAAAGAUAAAGGACCUAUCUGGGAGGCAAUUGUGAAAGAAAAUAAUUUAUACCCUACCAAAAUUGAGGAAGUUGGAAACUGGUGGUUUGCAGACCUUGUACUAAAUGCUCCAUUUGAGAGUGUCAAUAGCAUGAACAAAAGUAAGAAGUAUGGUUUCUUCGGGUUUCGUAAUACAGAAUCUUCUUUCCUAUCAUGGAUUGAUAAAAUGAAGUUAUUGAAGAUUAUUCCAUAGCUUUGAUCAGUAUGCUUGAAACCUAUUGCCAGUCGGUACGAAGAGUUACUAGCCUGGAGUGAGCCACUUAGUAUGUAUUGUUGCUACUACACCAUGAGUAAAAGGUAUUAUAUUGUUGCUAUGGUACCAUAAGUAUGUAUUAUAUGUUGCUAUUGCACCAUAAGUAAAUUGCUUUUAAAUGGAAUUGUAAGUUUCCGUUGGUCUUGAA